UCCCAAUGGUGUGGAGGAAACCCACCAAUCAUAGUAGUGACUGCUAUUUUGGCAUGGUUCCCCCAGUUGCAAAAGGGAACUCAAGAAAGAAGAAGUGGACCGUGGAACAUGCAAACAUUCCAUCCGCACUGCGUCCUGUACCUUGUGGUGAGGACUUGCCAAUUCCAGAUCCACCAGAAUCCUACUCUCUAGACUCAGAUGAUGAUAAAGACGAUGAGCAGGACGCAACUGAUCCGGGGCUGUCGAUGUCAGCAGACCCAAACUUUAGCCCACCGUAUGCUCCUCCUGAACCACAUCUAAUUUCACAGAGUGAACUAAAUGACCAUUCUCAUUGCUAUAUCACAUUUUGCAGAAAAGUUAUGCAGCAUAAUCACACAUCCCCUUCGUAAUUUUGAAUUAUUUUGACGCAAUAUGUACCUGAAGCUGUAUCUUGGAAACAGAAGCCAAUUAAUACUCGGGACUUACUUUUCCUUUAUUAGUGCCCCAAUUCUGGUAAAAUGUAGCUACUUUCAUUUCCGAGGCUUUCUCCUUGUAGGACUUUGGAUGUUAAUACUAUUACUGGGCUGGCAGCCAGUGCAGAUGGAAAAAAAUGCUGGCAUAACAGUCACAUGGCCUGUCUCCAUUACAGUAUUGUUGCCCUAUUUUAGACCAGCUGAUGUUUCUAAACAGUUUUAAGAUCAACCCCAUGCAUUGUAGCAAUCCACAUGAGUUUAGCAGAGAUGGAUAACGGCUAUUUCUGAGAUACCAGCUGCUUCUGUUCCUUGGCAGAUACAAUCCAAAAUGGGUGAACAUUACUUAGCCAGGGAAAUGAACUACCCACUAAAAGCACCUUCAACUUGUUAGAACUGAGUUUCAGGUAGAGAACACACAUACUACAUCAAAUGCAAGAUAAACUUUGCUCAGAUUAGUAGCAGUCAAGCAGGGCCCACUCUUGUGAAUUCUACAUUCCAGUAUAUAAGAUGCUUUGGCAAAAAUUAAAUGUCAUGCUGGAAUUUGCUCAAAAUAUAUUGUUCACGUCCUCUCACAGGCCAAAGUUCACCAAAGCUGCAACAGGCUUUCUGCAGGACCUUCCUGGAUGUGGCGUGCACGGCUGCUCUUCGUGUAGCCUCUUGCAGCCAUGUAGGGUUGGGCAACUUCGGUCACAGUUGCCUUAUUCAGCAAAUCCAGUUCACGAGCUGCUGGAAAUGCUCCCUGUUGCCAAUGGGCUUGUGCAAGGGAUGCAGCAGUGCUGGGUGGCAACAUCCAUGACUGCCAGCCCAGCCCUCGUGACCGGAAAGAUGAGACUACAGCAAGGGUGUCAAGCCAGGGAGGCCUCCUGUGAAUCUCACUAGUUGCUGUUCGGCUGAGUCACCCUCUCCCCACCUACCCAGCCAUGCAUGGCUCCAGUGAGACAAAAUGGCUGGUUGUGCUUACGGAGGAUGGGUUACAAGAGAGCAUGAUGACCGGAGCCUCUCUGACGUCUUGGUGCUGGUCCCUUGCUAGAGGCCUAUAAAAUGUAUGCAACUCUCUUAUCAGUACUGGCAACCACCUAAAAUGAUGGGAAGAGGCUGUGCAAACAUUUAGAGUAAACAGAGGAAGGAACAUGGUUGUCAGUUUAUCGGUGGAAUUUUUUGUGGGUCAGUGAUGCAGGAAGUUUGGGCAUGUGCACACUUCAGCUUUGCCAGCAACGGUACUACCAAGCAAAUGAGGAAGCCUGUCAUGAAAGGGCAGCCAGUCAUCCAGGGCGUUGGUGCUCAUUGGUGGUUUUGAACAGGAACUUCUGUUUCCUUUCUGCUCACAGUUUACUGUUGAUGCAUUUGGCACUUGAAUGAAAGCACUGCAAAAUAAGCUUGCUCUCUGGAGAAGAAGGACAUCUUGAGCUGAAAAAGGCUCCCUCCGCCUGGGGCCUCCUGGGUUGAGAUGACGGCUGUCCUGCUGCUAACGGUGGCUGCCCUCAGCUCCUGGGCGCCCGUAGUGCACCCCUGCAAAGUGACUAUCCACCCUCAGGAGCUUGCAGUGGAGUUUGGGGGUCCUGUGAUUCUGAAUUGCACUUCAUCGUGUGCCAAUCACGAUAAAAUGGACUGGGAGGUGUCUCUUCAAGGACUGAAGGAGGAGGGAAAGGGAUGGAUUUCUCUGAACGUCGCCAGUGUGACGGAAUGGAACUUUCAACCUUUAUGCUUGGUCAAAAAUGCAGGGCCUGAAACCUUGAAGAAGGCGAGGGUCUAUGUUUACCGAUUCUCCACUCCGGCUAUCCAUGUGCCUUCUGAGAUUGUGGAUGGCCGCCAUGAGAGGAUCCUGUGCAACAUCUCUAGCUUGAAAGUGCGAGACAACAUCUCAAGUAACAUCAACAUCACCCUGAGCAGAGGUGGUGAUAUCCUGAACAGUAGCUACAGCAGCCAGUUGGUGGAAUACAACUUUGUACCCAGUCUGCAGCAGGAUGAUGGAGCCGAGAUCCUCUGUGUGGCCAAUGUCCAGGUGGGCUCAGAAGUGCUGGAAAAGAGUACAAACACAACCUUGGGCAUCGUGGGCAGACCUUACAAUAUCAGCAUCUCGACAGGUCACAUGUCAUACAAAGCUGGUGCAAACCUCACAGUGACCUGUAAAGCUGAAGGAAAGCCCUUUCCACAGUUUUCAUGGGACCUCCCCUCUGAAGCUCAAGUGGAGUUCUCAGACAGCAAUAGGACAAUAAUAAUCCGUGAAGCUCAAAGAUCCCAUAAUGGGACUUACCACUGCGUGGUGCGUAACGUUUAUGGCAAGAAUUCAGCAUCGGUUGACAUCCUGUUUGAAGAGAAUUCUCACUACUGGAUUGUAGCACUGGUUGUGCUGGUGCCUUUGCUGGUUGCGGUCAUCUUUGGUGGCGUCUACUUGUUCCUCUGCCGAAAAUGAGGAUGGCCCAUUGGAAAGCAGGCAAGCCUGGAACGGCUCUGGGACACACGAGGCCAAGGUCGUUGCAGAUUCCUCUCUCGCCAAGCCCUGGCAGAAUCAAUGCUACGAAGGCAUCUUUGCUGCAGUUCAGAGCUCAACCCAGUGGCAGGUGGCUGGACACCAUUCAUCCACUGGCACCUCAUGGCAAAUAAACUGCAUUCCUUCAAGCAACAGGGUGCUUUUACAGCAGCUGGAGUGUCUGCCAAGUCCAAGCAAGAAGUGUGACUGAGACAGGAUGGAGUUGCUACUAAGCAGGCACAAGAUAUGGCUACCUGAUCAUGCAGGAGUUUUCCUUUGUUGCUGGCAGGGCAGGUGGGGAGGGGAUGGGCUUUAGUUUGGAAGGAAGAUUCCCAACCACUGAAGAUUCCCAAGAUCUUGGAAGAUUCCCAACCACUGGAAGCAAUACUAGGAUAAGUAUUAAGAUACAUUUAGAGAAAUCUUGCAGUUUUCAACUUACCAUUUAUACAGGUUACCAACUAUAAUAGUCUGUGGCAGGGAAUUUGCAGAUUUAGCUUUCCCCUCCUGUUCCUCCAUGGCCUGUUUCUGCUCCACUGGCACCUGUCCGGGUUCCCUCAGGUUAGAAGGGCUGCUGAGCAGAGAAUCACAGCACUGUGGAAGGAGCCUUUUAAGCCUUAAGCUGUAAUCUUGCACAAUCCCAUCUGCAGCAAGGCCUGCCGAACACAGUAGAAGCCACUUCCCCAAAAGUAUCUUGUAUAGGAUUGUAUGAUUCUUAUAGCAAAAAAGAGAAAAAAGAAAUCUCCAAUCUGAUUUAAAAAACUGGCCUUUCAUGCUUUGUGUACUGAUUCUUAGUUAAAUCAGCUUCAUGACUUUAAUGCCCAGAAUAGAGAAGCUAACAUUUUUGUUUUAUUAUUUGCCUUCACUUACAGAUGCCUUUUUCAUUCUGUGUUCUACCAAUAAAGAUACUGUAUUUGGUUAAAUGGUAUAGAACGGUAUAAUUCUGCAAGCUCACAUAACACUAGGUGCUUAGAAGUUUGAUGACUAUUACAGGAUGGAAGAGUGGGUAUUGUAUCUCUUUCUGGUUAUAUCAAUUUGUCUUUAAGAAAGGAUUUUUAAUUAACUGAUGAGUAAACUGUUCAAAAGUC